CGUAGAAAGAAGGUUUGUCUGAUUUUUGUGUUUCUAAAUCGUGUAGUCACUGUGGGAUGCUAGUCAUUCAUAUCAGAAGGAAGAAGCUAAGUUAACAAGUUUUAGUAGUUUUGAAUACACCACAACGCCUUCAUAAUGUCUAUUAUGUCAUAUAAUGGAGGGGCUGUCAUGGCCAUGCGGGGGAAGAACUGUGUUGCCAUAGCAUCAGAUCGAAGGUUUGGCAUCCAGGCUCAGAUGGUCACCACAGACUUCCAGAAGAUCUUUCCCAUGGGAGAAAGACUGUACAUUGGUCUGGCUGGACUAGCCACAGACGUACAGACAGUAGCCCAGAGGCUUAAAUUUAGACUGAACCUGUACGAGCUGAAAGAGGGUCGCCAGAUUAAGCCUAAGACCUUCAUGAGUAUGGUGUCCAACCUGCUGUAUGAGAGAAGGUUUGGACCGUACUACAUUGAGCCUGUGAUUGCAGGACUAGACCCCAAAACCUUUGAGCCUUUCAUCUGCUCUCUGGAUUUGAUCGGCUGCCCGAUGGUGACGGAGGACUUUGUUGUGAGCGGUACCUGCUCAGAGCAGAUGUACGGCAUGUGUGAGUCACUGUGGGAGCCAGACAUGGAGCCAGAGGAUCUGUUCGAGACCAUCUCCCAGGCCAUGCUGAAUGCAGUGGACAGGGACGCAGUGUCUGGCAUGGGAGUCGUUGUACAUGUCAUUGAGAAAGAUAAGAUCACAACCAGAACCCUGAAGGCCAGGAUGGAUUAGAGGACCUGCUUCCCACACACUUCACCAACACACGUUUUGUAUAGAGAUAAUAAACAAUACUUGUACUGUCCUUUUUUUCUUAUUGAUAUUCUUCAAUAAAUGAACGUCUCAACAGUGAA